AUGGCUAGCGGUGGUGUGGCGGUCGUGAACGGUGGCGAUCGAGUGGUCCUGUCGCCGGUGGUGGUCGAGUCGGACGAGCCAGCGUUCGACUCGGACUUUGUCAACACGGCGGUGACCCGCAAUCUCCCGCGCGGCGAAUGCCUGCCGAGCCCGGAGUUCCACCCGCUGUGUCGGCCAACUGUCGAAGCUGACAUCGCAGAUGCACUGCUUGCGCGGACCAAUGCCGAGCUCGCUUCGGUCACCAUCCAUUGCAUCUCGUGUGUGCCGUCCGAUGUGGACCAUGCUGACUCGGCGCCGUGCUCUGUGAACAACGAGGGGUUGCGGACGUCGUCGGUUUUGCCGCGGUCAUGUGAGGAGCCGCUGGCCCGGCUCCGGCAGGUGGCAAUGCCGUCUGUUCUGGCCCACUUUCCGCGAGUCGGCAUCGCCGAGUUCUGGGCCGAGCUCGGAGGACGAAUCCUGAUCCAGGGCGGCGACUCCAUCUCGGGGCAAAUGCAGGCGUUUCUCGGGUGCACGGCCAAGGUUGCCGGCAUGCAUGUAGGCAAGCUGAUUUUUGCCGACAACUCGGGCUUUGAUGGUCUUGUCAGCCCGUUUGGUGGCUUUGUGGGCCGGAUGGACCACUACCGGCACAACGUGGAGAACGUGGCGCGGGCGAUGAAGGUGGCAGACGUCAUUGUGGUCAACAUCGGGCUGCACAUGACCAUCCGGACCGAGGACGAGCGCGAAAAGUACCGGGCCAUGCUGCGGGAGCUGUUUGGCCAAGUCGAGGAGUGGGCCCAGCAUCCCGACCAUGUCUUCAUCUUCCAGGAGACGUCGACACAGCACUUUGAGACAACCGAUGGCUCGGGCCUGUUUGAGAGCAAGGUCCAUGCCGAGCCAGGUAGCCCGUGCCGCUGCUCACCAACCAACUCGACGGACAAGCAGGUGCGGAACAGUCUCAUGGAAGAAGUCCGCACCGAGGUCGACGCCGCCCACGAGUGGCUCCAUGUCCUCCCGCUGUGGGAGAUGACGCGCGAUCUCAACGCGGCGCACCUGGGCCUCCGACAUGACGCGCCCGACCAGCCGUUUGGCUGCGAUUGCACUCACUUUUGCUACUCGCCGGUUAUUUCCGAGGCGUGGAUGGCCGCCGUGGUGCGGCUGCUGCGGGCGAACGGGCGGUGA